GGUGGGGAGAUGAGGAGAGGACCAGUGAGAGAGAGAGAGAGAGAGAGAGAGGAGCCGAGCAAUGCCUGCACCAAAGAUAACACAAAGGAAGAAGACACAGAGGAAUUAAACAUGAUAACGCGCUCAGUCCGGCUGAGGAAAUGAACACAAACCCUGACAAGUGUGUGCAGAAGUCCAGAUCAUGAUGUCCUCCCCUGGAAUGGGCACGCCCAGCGACCCCCUCUUAGCCAGCCCGGGGCGAGAUGGCUUGGGGAUGGCCCAAGGUGACACGUGGAGGCCAACCCUUCCCAAAACAUGCAGCUUCCCAAUGUCCACCACACGUCACCUCAGCCACCGCGCCAACAGCUUCCAGAGGCACCCGAAGCGGCGGAAGCUCAUCCGCCCGUCUCCGCCCCCUCCGCCCAACACGCCUUGCCCUCUGGAGCAGCUGGACCUCAGCGAUCUGCCUCCACGUCGCACUUUUCCCGAGCUCCUCUUCAAUGGCUGCAUCCUGUUCGGCAUCGAGUUCAGCUACGCCAUGGAGACAGCCUACGUCACGCCCUUGCUGCUUCAGAUGGGUCUGCCUGAUCAGUUCUACAGCCUCGUCUGGUUCAUCAGCCCUAUAUUAGGAUUCCUCCUUCAGCCGAUACUCGGAGCUUGGAGUGACCGGUGUACGUCACGCUUUGGCCGUCGGAGGCCUUUUAUCCUCGCCCUGGCCAUCGGCGCUCUGCUCGGUCUAACGCUGGUCCUAAACGGACGGGACAUCGGAUCCACGCUGGCAGACACUCACAAGUGGGGCAUCGUGCUGACCGUGUGCGGAGUGGUUCUGAUGGACUUCAGUGCUGACUCGGCGGAUAAUCCCAGCCAUGCCUACAUGAUGGAUGUAUGCAGUCCAGAGGACCAGGACAGAGGCCUCAACAUCCACGCGCUCCUGGCAGGUUUGGGCGGUGGAUUCGGCUACAUCGUGGGCGGGGUGAACUGGGACCACACUGAGUUUGGCAAGUCAAUGGGAGGUCAGCUUCGGGUCAUCUACCUGUUCACCAGCAUAACCCUUGUAGUCACUACAGCUCUGACGCUUACUAGCAUCCCAGAGCGUCCUCUUCUCCCGUCUCAAAAAAGGAGCUCGAAACAUUUAAAGAGUCCUGUUUUACCUCUGCCACCUUCUCCUCCUCCACCAGCUGGAGCCCUACAGGAGGAGGAAGAAGAGGAGGAAGGUCUCUACGGCUACCAGUUUUCUGGCCGUAGGUACCCGGAUUGUAUGGGACACUCGUGUAGUGCCAAUGCGAGGCUCUGUGCAGGUCUCACCAGCCCCAUCUCCCCUCUCAGCCCUCUGACCCCCAAAUAUGGCAGCUUUAUCAGCCGGGACAACACGCUGACGGACAUCAAUGAGUUUGCGUCAUCCUUGGGAACAUCAUACAUAGAUAGCGUGCUGAUUGACUGCUACACUGGACAGAACAUGCCCCAACCGUUGAAGCCAGAGACCAUAACUCCAUGCCUUCCUAUGGGAGAAACUCCUCCUGCUCAGGUGUCUCAGCUGGUAGAGGAACCGUCUCCAGCUGCCAACUCUCAGGAAAGGGAAUUAUCUCAACCGAACGGAGAUCUGCAGGAAGCAGAAAGAUUAGAGGCUAUUGAUGAAGUUCAAGCCAUUGAAUGUUUGGAGCUGAAUGAAGCAUCUGAGCUCAGUGAGGUGCCUCAGGAAGGUGGCGGAUUAAAACUGGGAAGCAGCACCUCAGGGAUCCUGAAACGCCCUCAGAGCCUGGCCUUAAUGGACGACACCCUGAUCGUCCCCAGCAACGGCCUAGAGAACGGGCGCAGACGCACUGUCACCUUCAGCCAACAGGUUGCUAACAUCCUCCUAAACGGUGUGCAGUAUGACAGUAAGCUCAGUGACAACACAGAGGUUCCAGACACUCAGAUGUCUCUGAAGCUGCUCUGCAUUGCCAUCUACAGGAUGCCGCCGUCGCUUCGCAGCCUGUGCACCAACCACUUCCUGGGAUGGCUGUCCUUCGAAGGCAUGCUGCUUUUCUACACGGAUUUCAUGGGCGAGGUGGUGUUUGGGGGCGACCCCAAGGCGCCGAAUAAGUCUGAGGCCUAUCAGCGGUACAAUGCCGGGGUCAGCAUGGGCUGCUGGGGCAUGUGCAUCUACGCAUUUAGUGCUGCUUUUUACUCAGCCAUUCUGGAGAAGCUGGAGGAACGCUUCUCUCUGCGCUCUCUGUAUUUCUUUGCCUACCUGGCGUUCGGCUUGGGCACGGGUCUGGCCACGCUCUCCACCAACCUCUACGUGGUGUUGUCUCUCUGUGUCACCUAUGGUGUCCUGUUCUCUUCGCUCUGCACACUGCCUUAUUCACUACUCUGUGAAUAUUACCAGAGUCCGCAGUUCUGCGGCUCCACAGAGGACGGCACCAGGAGAGGCAUGGGUGUGGACAUCUCUCUUCUCAGCUGCCAGUACUUCUUGGCCCAGAUCCUGGUCUCUGUGGCGAUGGGACCUCUGACCUCGCUGGUGGGCGGGGCUCAGGGCGUGAUGUACUUUGCGAGCCUCAUGUCUUUUGUGGGCUGCCUGUACUCCUCGCUGUGUGUGGUGUACCAGCUGCCACCUCCGGAGGGUGAGCGCUCACAGAGUGAGAGCCAACCACUACUGGUGCACAUAUAAAUUCACAACACACACACACAUUGAUAGAGGCCUGUAAACACACAUAUACAUGCACAUGAAUUUUUAGACAGCAUUAAUCACUGGCAUCAUGUCUCACAUCAUGCUAGAAACUUUUUUUUUUUGUAAACUUUUUAUUACCCAAGGCAUGUUUGAUUCCCUUUCCAUAAACUACAUAAAGUCUGUUUACAUGCACAAGAAUAAUCUGAUCUGAUUAUCUGAUUUAGGGCUUUAGAUUCUUUUCAAUAUUCAGAUUAUAAAUGGUACAUGUUUACACAUAUACCAUUAAUCUGAUCUCUGAACAUGUAAUUGGUCAAACACACAACGUGCAACUUGUGGAAAAAAUAAAAACUGCCAAAAAUCAUAAUCAGCCCAUGUUUAAUAAAUACACUGCAGGAAGUUUUGGACUCCAUUGAAAUGAGCAAAUAAAAUCACGUGAAAAUUUUGUGGCAUGUUAUGGAUGGUUCAGAAAGAAUAAGUGUGUGAAUUAAGUCACUUGUAAAGCAGCGUUCCAUCUGACAUUUACGGUUUUGUGUGUGAGAGAGAAUCCUGGAAAUUCAAAACGUAAACUAAACCUUAAUAUAAACAGAGAUAACGUUGCAAAAAACACAAAAUUAAACUGUGAUCGCUUCAUAGUGUAGCAGUAGUGUCUGUAUUAAAAUGCUGUUGGAUUCGAUGCUACACUAUAUUGCCAAAAGUUUUGGGACAGCCCUCCAUAUCAUUGAAUUCAGGUGUUCCAAUCACUUCCAUGGCCACAGGUGUAUAAAAUCCAGCACCUAGGCAUGCAGACUGCUUCUACAAACAUUUGUGAAAUAAUGGGUCACUCUCAGGAGCUCAGUGAAUUCAAGCGUGGUACCAUGAUAGGUUUCCACCUGUGCAAUAAGUCCAUCCGUGAAAUUUCUUCACUACUAAAUAUUCCACGGUCAACUGUUAGUGCUAUUAUAACAAAGUGGAAGCAACUGGGAACAACAGAAACUCAGAGACAAGUGGUUGGCCAUGUAAAAUCAAAGCACACAGUACACAGUGCACAGAAAUCACCAACUUUCUGCAGAGUCAGUAGCUACAGACCUCCAAACUUUGUGUGGCCUUCAGAUUAGCUAAAGAACACUGUGUAGAGAGCUUCAUGGUAUGGGUUUUCAUGGCUGAGCAGCCUUACAUCACCAAGUGCAAUGCAAAGUGUCGGAUGCAGUGAUGUAAAGCCUGCCACCACUGGACUCUGUACUUGCCUGACUGCAUUGUGCCAAGUGUAAAGUCUGGUGGAGGGAGGAUUAUGGUGUGGUGAUGUUUUUCAGGGGUUGGACUCGGCCCCUUAGUUCCAGUGAAAGGAACUCUUAAUGCUUCAGCUUCAUACCAAGACAUUUUGGACAAUUUCAUGCUUUGUGGGAACAGUUUGGGGAUGACCCCUUCCUGUUCCAACAUGACUGCACACCAGUGACCAAAGCAAGGUCCAUAAAGACAUGGAUGAGUGAGUUGUGAGGUGUGGAGGAACCUGACUACCCUGCACAGAGUCCUGACACAACAUCAGUACCUGAAUUCACAAAUGCGCUUCCAGAAGAAUGGUCAAACAUUCCCAUAAACACACUCCUAAACCUUGUGGAAAUCCUUCCCAGAAGAGUUGAAGCUGUUGUAGCUGCAAAGAACGUCCCAAAACUUUUGGCAGUAUAGUGUAUAAACAUCUCUCCGGUGGCGAUAUCCUCAUCGCUUUGAGACAUUAUCUUAAAUCAUCAAUAAGUAACCUGAUACAGUAGAUGCUCCUUAGAUGUAUUAAAGUCACCUUCAUGGUGGUUAUUAAACCAUUUUUAGGAAGUUGUAAAAACAGCCUUAGGUGUGCAUUCAUUAAGACAAACGUUUUUUUUUUUGGCUUAUAUGAAUGAGAUAAUUCUUUGUAGAAGUUGUCAGUAAAUCACACGUUUUCCCAUGAGCGCAUUACUUUGACACAUCAGGUGAGAAAUUUAAAGCCUUUUCCUAAGGUGCCUUUAAAAAUCUGCUUAUUAAACCUAUACAUUCGGAGUUACAGUAAAAAUACGAUAUUUUUUGUUCAGCAUCAGAUUACUUUGCACAUGUAAACAUUCUUACUACAGUCUCAUGGUAUAAAAACAUGAAGCCCACAUGUACCACAGAUCUCACGAGCCUAACAGUUGAGUUCAGCUGAAACAUCACGAAUGUCCGAGAUAUGUGAGAGCGUCCGAGUAUGGGCUUUUUUUUUUCCCUUCUCUUUUUUGACUGCAAGAAACAUUCGAAACCUAAAAGAUGUUUAAUAAAAAUGGACGAUAAAACAGACACCACUCUCACAUAUCCAGAUGCAGCGAUACGCUCAGUAUCGGUGAACUGACCGCAGAGGUCAGGUGUGUAUGUGCAUGGGAAUCGGCACUGACGCCUCACCCUACGUUCAUGCUAGCAGGUAGCUUUCAUUUUCAGUUCACUAGCUAUGUACACGCACCAGAGGAACGAACUUUAGAUUUAAUUCGUAAUGUCUGCAUUCACAUUUAGUCAGAGAUUGUAUACAGUAGGAUAAGAUGAAACCAUCUUUGUGUGUCAAACUGUAAAGUGGGGAACUGAAGAAAAGACCACGUGUGCCAAAGUUCUGGUCCGAGGAAGCUGUUUCUAUUUCUUUAAAUCUUAAUUCGUCCACAGAAAAACAAACUUUCGCCUGUCACUUGCUUGGGUGAACGUAGGGUUCCUUCAGACCUGUUUCUGCCUGUGAGACAGUAAAGCAGAGAAGGUGUCUACAGAAUGUCUUAGCUUGCAUACACUAGCAUUAUGUAUUUAAUAAGCAAAAAAAAAAAAAAAAAAAAAAAACAAACAAAAAAAAACACACCCUAGUCCAAAUGCAUGUUUGAGACGCGACACUUCACGCAGAUGGAUGCAAAGAUUCCGAAUCAUAAAGCGGGGAUAUAUGGCGAACAUGUGCUUCUGAUUUCCUCAGCAGUGUUUGAGUUGACUGCAUGCACUUGUUGAAAUCUUUUUUUUAAAAAAUAUCAUCCUCAGAGCAUUCUGGGAUGGUCACAAACAUGUCACGCUACCCUACGCUCUUUUUUCUUCUUUCUUUUUAAAAUAAAACACUCUUCCGCCUGCUGCCAUGAUGAUGGCUGUAAUGAUGACGGUGGUUCUUGUCAUUAUCAGGCAGAGCGGAUGUUGAGACUGGAGUGUGAGAGACUACAGCUCAGCUGUAACGGAGAAGUACCCACUACAGGAAAGAAGAACCAGCCAAAUCGACUUUUUUCCCCCCUAGACUUGGCCACCAGGCAACAGAUCAGGAAGACACAUUAGGAAGUAAAGUGGACUCAACAUGAGACUGAGGGGGGAGGGGGGGGGAAGAAAAGAAAAAAGUACAAUGCCUUCACACACCACUAGGAGGCAGACUUACAGCUUUUUCAAAGCAAGUAACAAAAUGUCGAACUGUCCUGCAAUUUUUAAUGUCCAGAGCUCAGCAGCUUUGGGCAAGAAAAAAAAGAAGAGAAACACAAAACAAGCUGAACAUGUAAAUAAAACUUAACAUUGUCUCUAGUUUUUUCCCCAGUUUAUAUAAUCAUGCUCCAAAAAAAAACAAAAAACAUUCAAACGCACACUGUAGAAAGAAACAGGAACACAUGGGUUUUAAAAAGACGAGUGAUUUUAUUUAUACGCCUGAACCAGAAUAUACAAAGCAGUGGUCAAAAGCAACCAAAACACAAAACCAGUGCCAGCAUGUUGACCGUAUCCCAUCCUGCACUGCCCAUACCCAAAUAAAAAACAAAAGGAAAAAAGGCGAUUAAAAAAACCCAAACUGUACAUAAGGACGUGGAAAAGGUACAAACCUUCUGGAAUGCAUAUGAAACAAAAGACCAAAAACCUUAAGGUUUAAGAGGGGUUAAUUAACAUAAGCUAGCCAGGAAAGGACAAGGUUAUCUUUUCUUCUUAACUCUCACUCAGUAAGGAGACCCAUUCAUGGACGCCAUCUGUUCUGUUAACAGAUAAGCCAAAAGCAAGGGAUUAACUACUAGCAGCAGAAAACAACCAGGAUUAAAAUGUUGUCCAUUAGCCCCUGCUUAAAACUUUUAUCUUUGGUCUUAAGUGAAUCUGAAUUAUAUGAUCACCCAUAUAAACAUCAGAACAUGAAGGGGAAAAAAGAGGGUACGUGCUAUCCGGCGACUUUUAAGGUUUUUACGGGUGCGUAUCUGCUGGUCAAAAAAAAUGGAGGGGGGGGGGUGUUACCA